GACGAUCUUUGUACUCACCUGUCGCUAGGAUACUUUGCCCUCCUCUGCUGCCCAUCGAGUCACGCCAUUGGCGGGUGAGUGAUGGGGGAAGUGUAGCUCCUCUGGAAGUUGGUUACCUUCUGCCAGUAAAAGUAUUGAUCUCUAGUCAAAACAAAACAAAAAACAAAGGUCGUAAGCAGUACCUGGUGGAGAAAGUCAACUUUAUUCCGCGGGUUUUGAGAGUCGCAUUGUUCCGUCAUGGAGUUCGGCGAAGAGCCGUCGCCCGCUCUGGCUUUCGAGAGGGACGCGCUCGAGCUCACGGUUGAAGAUGUUUAUGACAUUUCGUACGUGAUCGGACGAGAUUUGCUCAAAAUAAGCAGCACGGGAGAAGAAGUGUCGGAUUUGCAGUUCAGAAUAGUCCGCGUUUUGGAAAUGUUCGAGACUCUGGUCAGUAAGUACAACUUGUCUCUGGAGGAGCUGAAAAUGGAGCGGGACAACUUGAAGAGUGAGCUGGACAGGAUCGUCAGUGAGACCUCCUCCGGGCAGGGCACGCAAACAGCGGGUCCGAACCAGCUGGUGGUGGACCUGACGGACCCCAACAGACCGCGGUUCACCAUGCAGGAGCUGAAGGAGGUUCUGCAGGAGAGGAACCAGCUGAAGGCUCAGCUCAUGGUGGCGCAGGAGGAGCUUCAGCUGUACAAGAGUGGGAUUCUGCCACAGGCCGAACCACCCAUGGUGGAAGUGGAUCUGGAGUCACCAGCAGCCACAGAGCACAGUACAGCCACAAUACAUGAUGCAAAAGAGGAGAAGACAACCAUAGGCAAACUGUUUUCAUUUCGGCGAAAAUAAGAAAAGCCUUUCACAAGAACUGACCAUGUAGAAGACAAACAGGAUUUGUCGGCACAAUUUUUCUCAUCAGUUAACCACUUUUAUAUUUAAUGUGUAUUUGUCAAUCUAACAAGCAUUGUAUUUUGUAUUAGUAAUUUUAACCUAAGAUGGUUUAUAGUAAUACAGAGUUGAAAUAGUAGAAAUAUAUAUUAUGUGGAAAGUUUGAUGAAGAUGUCAAACUAAACUGGAAAGUAUUAUGUAGCUGCUGAAUGCAUUCACUCAAAAUGAAGUUAUCUAUAGGCUUGAAAUUCUGUCUUCAAGGUGCUUCAUGUAAUCUAAAAACACACUGUGUCGCUCUCAACUCUCAGCUGUAAAAUGGAGCAAAAAGGGCCCCAACCCCCAAAAUAUUUGUAAUAAUAUUAUGUUAUCACAUUUUGGAAAGUAUUUGUUUGAGGUUGAAUAUUUUAAACGCUCCCAUCUUAUUUCACAUCGGUGUUACAGGUUCUACUUCUCAUCUCAUGUCAAUGUAAACAAAUCAUAGCAUACAGAUGCCAGCUUACACACACAGGCCACCUACUACCGCAUCACUUGACUUCACAUGCAUUAGUGACGGGAUAAUGAGGAUUUACAGUUUAAUUGCAAAAGAUUAUUAUUCAAGUCCUACACCAGAAUCUUAAUGUAUGGAGAGCCGUUUUGAAUGGAUGAAUAGAGCACAGCAGAGAGCAAAGAUGAACAGAAUUUAUUUUGAUUCAGUUUAGUCUUAAUGUGCUUCAAAACUCCCUUACUGUAAAUCAUAUUGUGUUCCUUUGAAGCUAGAGAUUUCUUGUUGCAAAACAGAAUCAAAUAAGAUUGACUGUAUCUAAUAGAGAGUCCAUUCAAAACUUUGUUGCACAUACAGUGCAUUCAGAAAGUAUUCAGACCCCUUCAUUUUUCACAUUUUCAUGUUGCAGCCUUAUGCUCAAAUAUUUUAAAUUCAUU